AUGGCUUUACCUUAUAUUCCAAGUCGCACCUCUACGAAGCCUCCGAAUCCAAAACCAAGGCAAAAACAAGAAACUCCUGCCUCAGCUCCAGCUCCAACUCCAAGAUUACUCCUGGGAGAGCGAAGAGUCAAGCCUCGCCUUAGCAAGCCAAGUCUCGAUCCUGUUCUGGAGAGCGAUCAACGACUCUCAAGUGAUGUAGAGCAGAUUGUCACUGUGGACGCUGCCAGAGUGACGAGAAAGCAGUCAUUACCGAUACUCACCAGAAAACGAAGUGACUUCUUCGAGGAAGCAUUUGGAUCCAAGCAUGCGCAAGACCCCGGUGAUCGAAUACGGAAUGAGUCUCCUGUGCUAGUAGAAAUCAAGACCAACGUCAUUGCAAAUGAAUUCACCUUCAUCACUGGACUAUCCGAGUACCUCUCUUUGCGAUAUAAUCGCCCGGCGUCUUCUAUCGUAAUGACAGUCCAACAUGGGAUCUGUAUUCAGUUUGGUGGCGGUUCUGAUCCUUGCUACACCAUGACAAUCGAGGCUCUCGCUCGAGACGUUCAGACGACGACAAACAAACGCAACAUUGCUCUCUUUCAGAGACACAUGAAGCAGGCUCUGAGAAUUCCUCCAUCUAAGGGGUUCUUGAGAUUCAUUCCCCUCGCCGAAGACUGCGCUGGGUGGAAAGGUAACACACUUGCUGGGCAUAUUACAGAGGUAAUAGAAGAGGCACAAGCGAUGACGGAGCGUCGAGGUUCGCUCAGAGCUCCGAGGAGAAGAUCUAGUAAGGCAUUUCGAGGAAUAAGGAGUAAGAUGAUUGCAUCAGAGAGCGCAUCUGCAUUAAAUCCUAACACAUCGAAUGGAAUAUUGUCUAAUGACCCAGAAACUCUUGGAAAGGCUGCGAAAAGCGAGGCCGAGACCGAGAAAGACAACACAAAGACGAUAAAGCGAAGGAGGAGUUUCAUUCAUGCCCUGUUUCCUAGGUCAGCGAGCCGACUAGCGGAAAGAGAGGCGGAAUGA